CUUGAAAUGUAAAAAUGUUCAAGCCGGAGUUGAAAAGGCAAACUUGGCAGCAACUUUGAAGGCUCACAUAAUUAUGCGCAUAGCAUCGCCACCACCGAUCCUGCUGGUCCACCUCCUUCUCUAUCACCUGCUCCUGAUCUCGCCCAGCCUCUCAGCCAGCUACCAACGUUCUUCGAACUGCCAGCAGCAACAGCAGCAUCCCAGCAUCUCCAGCUCCAGGUCGCAGGACACAGGAUCCGAGGACCUGACCAUGGGCCUGAGGCACGGCUCCAACUCCAAGCAAACGGCCUCGAAUAUUGCCCUGAAGGCGGCCCAGGAGGCCAAGAAGGCGUCGGAUACCCAGGCUCCGGCUGCCCUGGCCGCCGCCCGUCAGGUGAAGCAUCAGUUAGCUGAAAAAGCGGUUGCCGCUGCCAAGGCCGCGGAGGCAGCCCUGGCUGGUAAACAGCAGAUUCUCGAGCAGCUGCAGGAUGAAGUGCACGAGGCGGAGAUUAUCGUCCAGGAGGAGAGCUACUCCUUGGUGGGAUCACAGACAAAUCUCAAUGCCGCUGUGGCCACUGCGAAGCAGACGCAAACGCUAUUGCAAUCGCUGCGGAACUCUGUAAAAAUCGCCGAGGAUGCGCUGAGCAACGCGGAGGCAGCUGCAUCCGGUGCCCAGCAGGAGUUGUGCGAAAAAACGCAGCUGGUGGAUACCGCUCGCCAGCGGGCGGAGAUGCUAAUGCAGCAGCUGCGUUCCGCCAAACUGGAUUACACCAAUACGAAGAAGGCCGCCUACAGAGCAGCCUGUGCCGCCUCCGAGGCCCGGCACAAAGCUGUACGGGAUCGAAGAUCCUCCUCCGGGGAGGAAACGGAAAUCGAAGGAGCUUCCGGACAACAGCAGCAAAUGCUGCAGCAACACAAACAGGAGCAGGAGCAUCGAAGACAGAACUUAGAAGAGGGGCAAGCGGUCAAGGGACAGGCGCAAGAAUGGGAAUACAACGAGCAGGGUAAAGCUAUAUUUUCCAAUUGAAGUGCCUUUUGCAAUACA